AUGGCGGUGUUCGACGUCGGCGGCGAGAGCUUCGAGCUGACGGUGCACGACACCACGGGCCGGCCCCAGGGCGCCGAGCAGGCCAUGCAGGCGGCGCUCGACCAGGGCGCCGACCUGGUGCUCGGGCCGCUGUUCUCCGCCUCGGUGGCGGCCGGCGCGCCGCGCGCGCGCAGCCGGCAGGUGCCGGUGAUCGCCUUUUCCAACGACCGCAGCGUGGGCGGUCGCGGGGUCUGGGUGAUCGGCCUCGACCCGGCCGCGCAGGUCGACCGCGUGGUCGACUACGCCACCCGCCAGGGGCUGACGCGCUUCGCCGCCCUGGCGCCGCGCAACCCCUACGGCGACACGGUGCUGCAGGCGCUGCAGCAGGCGGCGGCGCGCUACGGCGGCUACGUCGCCCAGGUGGCGACCUACGACCCGCGGGCGGUCAACGAGGCCGGGCCGGUGGUGCGCCAGCUCGCUGCCGCGCGCGGCAGCUACGACGCACUGCUGAUCCCGGCCGGCGGCAACGAGCUGCUCGGCCUGGCGCCGCUGCUGCCCUACUACGACAUCGACCCCGCCGAGACCCAGUACCUCGGCACCCAGCUCUGGGAGGACCCCGGCCUGGGCCGGGAGAACGCCCUGGUCGGCGGCUGGUUCGGCGCGCCGGAGCGCGAAGGCUGGACCCAGUGGGCGGCGCGCUACCGCGAGCUCUACGGCGAGACGCCGCCGCGCCUGGCCUCGCUGGCCUACGACGCCACGGCCCUCGCCGCGGUGCUGGCGCGCGAGGCCGGCCAGGCCGGCCAGGCACCGGACUACGCCACCGCCGAGCUGACCGAUCCCAACGGCUUCGCCGGGGUCGACGGCAUCUUCCGGCUGAGCGGCGACGGCACCGCCGAGCGCGGGCUGGCGGUGCUGGAGCUGCAGCGCGACGCCAUCGAGCUGCGCGAGGCCGCACCGCCCAUGAUCGCCGUGAUCUUCGAGCUCACCCCCAAGCCGGGCCGGCGCGACGACUACCUGGCGAUGGCCGCCGAGCUGCGCCCGCUGCUCGAGCAGGCCGACGGCUUCAUCUCGAUCGAGCGGUUCGAGAGCCUGUCGCAGCCGGGCAAGCUGCUCUCCCUGUCGAUCUGGCGCGACGAGGCGGCGGUGCGCGCCUGGCGCUGCACCGGCCAGCACCGCGCGGCGCAGGCCUGCGGCCGGGCCGAGCUCUUCAGCGACUACCGCCUGCGCGUGGCCGGGAUCAUCCGCGACUAUGGCCUGGCCGAGCGCGACCAGGCGCCGGCGGAUUCCCGCGCGCUGCACGACGCGGCCAGCGAGCGCCGUGAGAAAGCGGGGACGCCGGGGACAGCGGCUUUGACGGGGGCCGCGGGCGCUGAUACUUCAAACCCCAUGCAGCAGCCCGUCCGCAUCGCCCCCUCGAUCCUCUCCGCCGAUUUCGCCCGCCUGGGCGAGGAAGUGCGCGCGCUCGACGCCGCCGGCGCCGACUACAUCCACGUCGACGUGAUGGACGGCCACUUCGUGCCGAACAUCACCCUCGGCCCGCAGGUGGUCGCCGCGCUGCGGCCCCAUUCGGCCAAGCCCUUCGACGUGCACCUGAUGAUCGCGCCGGCCGACCCCUACAUCGAGGCCUUCGCCGAGGCCGGGGCCGACAUCCUGACGGUGCACCCGGAGGCCGGGGCCCACCUGCACCGCACGCUGCAGCUCAUCAAGGCCUGCGGCAAGAAGGCCGGCGUCUCGCUCAACCCCGCCACGCCGGUCUCGGUGGUCGAGCCGGUGCUGGACCUGCUCGACCUGAUCCUGGUGAUGAGCGUCAAUCCGGGCUUCGGCGGCCAGAAGUUCAUCCCCCAGGCCCUGGACAAGCUCAGCGCCCUGCGCCGCCUGAUCGACGAGAGCGGCCGCGCCAUCGACCUGGAGGUCGACG